UGGGCCGAUUGUCCUAGGAAAGUUUUGGGAUUGGCCCAACCCAGCUCAAGAACAAAUGCUUGCCACUAUAGACAUCAGAAUCUGCAGAGGUCAAAAGUCCGGUUACCAGGUCUCAGAUUGACGAGUCCCCAAGUUCUGGUUCUCCGGCUAACAUGGAGUACGAGAAUAAACUCGUGCUCGCUCCUAUGGUUCGCGUUGGAACUUUACCAUUUAGAUUAUUAGCUGCUGAGUAUGGUGCUGAUAUUACUUAUGGGGAGGAAAUUAUUGAUCACAAACUGGUCAAAUGUGAACGCAGAGUAAAUGAACAUAUUGGGUCUAUUGAUUUUGUGGAGAAGAAGACAGAAAGUGUUAUCUUCAGAACGUGCAAUGAGGAAAGAAAUAAUGUAGUAUUUCAAAUAGGAACUUCUGAUGCUGUAAGGGCUCUUGCUGCUGCUCAGAUAGUGUGUAAUGAUGUUGCAGCUGUAGAUAUAAACAUGGGCUGCCCUAAGGCAUUUUCUGUGAGCGGAGGAAUGGGAGCAGCACUGUUGAGUAAACCAGAUCUUAUUCAUGAUAUAUUGACUACCUUGAAGAGAAACUUGAACACCCCAGUAACAUGUAAGAUUCGGCUAUUAAAAUCAUCUCGUGAUACUGUGGAACUAGCUAGGAGAAUUGAAAAAACUGGUGUUUCUGCACUUGCUGUCCAUGGAAGGAAAGUUGCAGAUAGGCCAAGAGAUCCAGCCAAAUGGGAUGAGAUAGCCGAUGUUGUAUCAUCAGUAUCCAUUCCAAUAAUAGCAAAUGGAGAUGUUUUUGAGUAUGACGAUUUUCAGCGCAUAAAAACUGUUACAGGUGCCUCAUCAGUCAUGGUUGCUAGAGGAGCCAUCUGGAAUGCUUCUAUUUUUUCUCCUCAUGUAAAACCUUGGGAAGAUGUGAAAAGAGAAUAUGUUAGAAAGAGCAUCUUAUGGGAUAAUGACAUGAAAAACACAAAGUACACUCUGAAGGAAAUGAUAAUGCAUUAUACUUGUCUUGAGCUCCCAGAAGGGAAGGGUGUGACUAAAUCAGAAUCUUUGGCGGAUUUAGCGGGACAUUAUGGAGAAGAGAAAUACUACGAUUUUGUUACAAAAAAUCGCCAAGUGAAGUACGUAGAGUGAAGUAGAAGAAACUCUAAUUUAAUGUCUUGGUUGUUGUCUCUAUCUAUGGUGAAUUCAGCAAGUGAAACUGACUAAAGGUUCUUAGAGCUGAUCUAGAAUUCAAUUUAUGCACCUUUAAAAAAAUAUUUCUUAAAUUAUUUCUCUAUUAUUAGUGUCAGGAAUUUUUUUAGUGUGUGAGCAAGCUUUGUACACUAUUAAUCACAGAGAAUGUUAGCUUGUCACUCUUUCAAUUAUUGGAACUUACCAUAAACAGAAAUGAUACUACAAAUAUCAUUAGUACUUGUAAA